ACAUUUUCUGUCAGACUCGUUGUCGCGUGUUGUUCGGCGGUGCAUCAUGUGCUACACGUCAACUGAUGGCAGUUAGCUUUGCAAGCUAAAUGACAAGACAGCACAGACACAGCUAAGUAGUUUGUGGUAAAUGUGAAUAACUGUUGAGAGAGAGAAAGUUGGAAGUAAAACAGAAACGCUCGAAACCAACAAAAAUGCUGAGUCGCCAGCCUCGCUCUUGCUAACGUUACGAGACAAGUGAAAAGUUGUCUAAGAUUGCAAUACAGCUAGUAACGUUACUGUACUGUCGGUGUGGAGCUAGCUACACUCUGCGUCUCUGCUCGACGUUCAAAAUAUUUCACUAGAGUCUGAACAGUACCUGCCAGCUGUGAUGGCCAAGCUCCAGGGCUUUGAGUUCUGGAGGAAGACCCUGAAAGGAGCCCGCUUUGUGGUGGCACCCAUGGUGGACCAGAGCGAGCUGGCCUGGCGACUGCUGAGCCGUCGCCACGGCGCUCAGCUGUGCUACACCCCCAUGCUCCAUGCUCAGGUGUUUGUUCGCGACGGCAAUUACAGGAGAGAAAACCUCUACAAUGAGGUGUCUGAAGAGGACCGACCUCUCAUCACACAGUUUUGUGCCAAUGAUCCAGAGGUGUUCCUUCAGGCGGCUCUGCUGGCCCAGGAUUACUGCGAUGCUAUCGACCUCAACCUGGGCUGUCCGCAGAUGAUCGCUAAGAGAGGGCACUAUGGAGUUUUCCUACAAGACGAAUGGGAGCUGUUAGAGAAAAUGGUCAGAUUAGCCAAUGAAAAGCUGUCGGUGCCCAUCACAUGUAAGAUCCGUGUGUUCAAGGAGAUCGAAAAGACGGUCCACUAUGCCCAGAUGCUGGAGAAAGCGGGAUGUCAGCUGCUGACCGUGCAUGGCAGAACCAAAGACCAGAAAGGAGCCAUGACAGGGAUCGCCAGCUGGGAGCACAUCAAGGCAGUACGGAAGGCAGUAAAUAUUCCAGUGUUUGCAAAUGGCAACAUUCAGCACCUGAGUGAUGUGGAGCGCUGCAUUCAGGAGACAGGAGUGCAGGGAGUAAUGAGUGCAGAGGGGAACCUCCACAACCCAGCACUGUUUGAGGGAUGCAGCCCCCCAGUGUGGGAGAUGGCUGAGGAAUAUCUAGAGGUGGUGAAGCAGCACCCCCCCUGCACUCUGUCCUACGUACGAGCCCACCUCUUCAAGCUCUGGCACCACACGCUACAGAUCCACCAGGACCUGAGGGAGGAUCUUGCCAAGGUGAAGACUCUCGAGGGUUUGGCCGAUGUCAGCAAACAGCUGAGGCUGCGCUGCCAGGAGGAGAUAGCCAAAGGAAAGGAUGUGGAAGAGAAGGAGGGCGGCCUGCCUUUCCCCCACUGGAUCUGCCAGCCAUAUGUCAGACCUGUGCCAAAGGAGCCAGUUGCCAACGGUAACAGCCAGGGUUCAGAAGUAAAGAAGACGGUGUGUCAGAAGAGGGCACUGGAGGACUCGGACGGAACAGCUGACACUCUCUCCAAAAACAAGCAGAAGAAGAGAUCCCGAAAUCCCAACAAGAACUUCUGUCCCGAGCAGAAACCCAAGUACAUAAAAUGUGAACAAUGUGGGAACCCAAAGGGAAAUAAAUGUGUCUUCAACCUGUGUCGAGGCUGCUGUAAGAAGAAGUCCUACAAGGAGGUGGCAGACUGUCCAAGCCACGGGCUGAGGUUCAAGACCAAGGCAGAAAAACAGAAAGCUGAAGAGGACGAGAGGACGGAGAGCUUGUCCACAGAGACAGAGAAAAGCAGCAGCACCCCUCAGCCUCUCCCAGAUCCAAGUACAGAGCUGCAGGAGCAGUCCAAGACACAGCCACCACUAUGAGCAGGACUGUGGCUAUCUCUACAUGCAGCAAAUCAUACAAUACAUAUAAUACAGCACUGAGCUGUCACGUGUAAAAGUCCUCACUGUGUAGGACUAACCAGGUACAAGUGACUUCUUUGACGAUCAGACGAGUAAUCACAACACCCUCGAAACAUUGUGAUGCCAAAAAAUUUAAGUAGGUUCACACAACAUUUCAGCCAUCUUGGUCUUCAUCAAGUGGUCCCGCAUGAUGAAGAACAGAACAAACGUCUCUGCUGUUGUGUGGACCUACUUUUUGCUGGCGGUGAUGAACACACGAGGGGCAAAGCGUCGUGUUCGUUUGGACACCGGAGAGAUGCAGUUGGAGGGUAAUUGAGCCUUCAGGUAACGAGGUUAGAGUGUGCAUGUAGAGGUAGCCAGUGAUGAGGCAUGACAUACAGUAUACACAGCUGCUAAGUAACCUCACCAACAAGGGUUCUCCAGGGAGAGCCGGUCUGUUCGAGACAGAUGGUGAAACAUUUUUAUUUUAUGUGGAUUUCCAGUAUACUGAUUAGCUCGGGAUGUUUUGGUGGGACAGUGGGGAAGUGUCACGAAAAUGGAAGAGUUACUCAACUAACUCUGCCAUUUUUUAUUUUUAAGCCAAGCUUUUAUCAGGAUAAGAUAGAACAUUAUCUUUUCUAAAGUUGUUACUGAGCCACCAAAGUUAAUCGACUCAGAAACUGUCAGAGACAUGGAGAAAAUACCUAGUCCAGGUUUACAGGUUUUAUUUUUCAUUUAAGGUCAUGGAUGGGGUUGCAUUUGCAACCAUUAGUUAACCUAUUUAUUGUGGGUAAGUGUUUGCCUGUUGUGCACUGACGUAUCAAUGUGCCUUUUGAUGAGAAGUACCACUGCCUGUCCAGAUCAACGGGGCCGAUCAAAGUGGUGCUCCAUCUGCUGUUGUCUAACACAUGCUCAGUGACUACACAAUCCUAAAGAAAUGUAUCUAAAGGUGCUAAUUGUGCAUACAGUGUAAAAACAGACACUCUGGCAUUUUGGGAAAAAUGUUUGGUUUGUCACCUAGAUAGAAAAGAGGCUGUGUAUCAAAUUCAUCUCUAAGCUUUUAGCCUAGCUUAGCACCAACGUUGUAAAAAUGAACAAAACUGCUUUGGAGACUUUUUCUUUUGAUGGAGGCCAACUGUUUCCUGCGAUUCUAUGAUGUGUGCUAAGCUAUCCUAAAAAGUGCCAGUGUCUCUACUGAAUGCGCAGACAGAUCCUCUCAUCUAACUUAAAGCCCAUGAAAACAUUUUUGCAUAUCUUAAAUAUUUCUCUGUGACAAUAAAUGUUCCAGACAAAAUAAGUAACAAUCAAAGUUAGAAGUCAAAGUCUGUAAGAAAAUCAUUUAGGUAUUAGUUAUCACAAAAAGCUCAGCUAAUCUGCUUUGUCAGGACAGUAUGGGUUUGGUUUGAUCAGGUUUGAUUGAUGACUUGGCAACAUAAAUAAACAACCCUGUAACUGUCA